AUGUCUUCUGCAAGACUUCUCUCUCCCCUGUAUCUUCUCUCCCUCUCUCUCCUCCUCCAACUCGCCUUUGGAGACAACCCCAUCAGCUAUACAUGCUAUGACUCCGGAAAUUUCACUUCCAAUGGCCCUUACAAUCAGAACUUGGAAAACCUCUUGACUGUUCUUGACUCAAAAACCCCACUGACCGGGUUUGCUUCAGGCUCACUGGGCCAGAGCCAGAAUCAGACUUACGGCCUCGCUCUCUGCCGAGGUGACAUAAAUAGCACAGCCUGCCAAGCCUGCGUUGACGAGGCAACCACCGAGAUUCAAAACGUUUGCCAAUUCAAGAAUGAAGCAAUCAUAUGGUACGAUGUUUGUCAGGUAAAAUACUCGAAUGUUGAUUUCUUGGGCGUUUUCAAUACCACUGAGCAAUGGCGAACACUAUGGAAUACUGCUAUUGCAAGCGACCCAGUUUAUUUCAAUAAAAUGGUCAUAGAGUUAUUCAGUCAGUUGGAGGGAGAAGCUCGAGAUAGCCCAAAACUGUAUGCUACCGGGGCGUUGGAUAUUGGAAACUCGACGACAAUUUAUGGGUUGGCUCAGUGCACUAGAGAUCUUUCUGGUGUUAAUUGUGCCAAGUGUAUUGAAGAGGCUACUCAGAUUAUUACGACAAAUACAUAUGCAAGAUUAGGAGUGAGAUUCUUUGGGGAGAGUUGUAAUGUGCAUUAUGAGAUGUACCCUUGGGUCUAA